CACUCCCCGCCCCAGUACUCCCUUUCUCUUCUCCACUAUGGACCGAGCCUCCACAGAGCAGCUGCCCGCUGGCCACAGACCUGGCUGAUAUGGGGACCGUCGCAGCCAGGCAGCUGUGCUGGGUGAUCCUGGGCUUGCUCUUCCUCCAAGGAGCCUUCAGCGGUUUAAGUCUGACCACAGAGCCAACAUCUCCCAACACAGGAGAAAAAUCUUCCUCAGAGUCUGGCAGCCCAAAGCUUCUUACCAGCACCAGUACCACAGCAGCUCCACAGAAGACCUCACAAAGCCCCCCUGGAUCCAGUAACCCUGUAAUGCUGAGAUCGAGCAUCACAGAUGGGCACUCCUUGAUUUUUAUGGGUCAGACUCAGUCCCAGGUACAGAAGCACACUGCAGAACUUGGCACAGGCACGGAAGCUCCACACAGCAGUAGCGGAAGUGGCGGCGGCAGCAGCACAAGGGGAGAAACAUCUCAAAAUGCUACUUCCAAUUCAGUCACCAUCAACCCGAGGACAAUGGAAGACUUAAGCAUCCUGCCCAGCCCCACAUCUGAGACGGUGCUCACUGUGGCUGCCUUUGGUGUUAUCAGCUUCAUUGUCAUCUUGGUGGUUGUGGUGAUCAUCCUAGUCGGUGUGGUCAGUCUACGGUUUAAGUGUCGGAAGAACAAGGAGUCAGAAGAUCCCCAGAAACCAGGGAGUUCCGGGUUAUCUGAAAGCUGUUCCACAGCCAAUGGAGAAAAAGACAGCAUCACCCUCAUCUCCAUGAAGAAUAUCAACAUGAAUAAUAGCAAAAGCUGCCCCUCAGCAGAGAAGGUUCUUUAAAAGUGACUUUGGUCCUCAUGGGUCCAAGGAUGAUGUAGCUGCCCCAUGACCAUGAGGAGGAAGAGAUGAAAUUGGUAGAGGCAACAGACCACAUAAAAAUCAUUUUAUUGUUUUGUUUCUGCUCCCACAUCUAAAGGACACUGGCACUCUUCCAGAUCCAGGAGCAAGCUUCUAGUAUGAGAGACUUUUUCCCACGCAGACAGCAGUAUGACCUGCUCCUCCUCCUUCUACAGUCACAUGAAGGAAUAGCCUAUAAAGCAAGAGGGAGGAAAAUUACCAAGGUGGACUGAUCCUUUACAUUUGCAUUAAAAUUAUUUUCUGGUCUGCAGUCUAA